UUCAAGUUCACGUCUAGAGCGCAUAACCAUUGGCUUAACCUAAGCGAAUCGUUUCGUAGUCUACAAAAUAUUCGAUCGUUUACAAAAUCUACAACAAAGAAACUUCAUUAAAGCUUUACGAGGAUAUAGCUAAGAGAAGUAACAAGAAGAAGUAGCAUGUGCGAAGUACCGUUUUAAUGGAGCAAGACACGUGGUUGGGGUGAAUGUAACAACGGCACAGGUGAAAAUAGACGAGUUGUUCGACGUAACGAGAACCACUGGCAAAGCAGGAAAAUGUGAACGUAUGGACAGCCCCCGUUGUCCCUCGAGGUUGUUCAGUGUCGUCAGUUCGAUCCGGUCACUGGGCCAUUCACCAUGAACGAGCGCAAAGAUGAAGUAAAUUCGAUUUACACGAUCGCCAGCAACCAGAACCUGGUACCGAUAAGAUCCAGGCACGCCUACUUAAAGAAACGACGGUACGUAUCGUAUUUAACGAUGAUUAUAUUGUUCCUCCUGAUGGCUUUAGCCGUUAUAGUGGCCCUGGUGUUUAUUAUACUUUAUGCAACCUACAGACCUGUGGAACUUUGCGAAACUGAAAAUUGCGUCCGCAUAGCUGCUAGUUUGAAGGAAUCUAUGGAUACUUCUGUAGAUCCUUGUGACGAUUUUUAUAAAUACGUAUGUGGAAAAUGGUCAGACGAACAUCCUAUACCCGAUAAAAGUUUGACGAAUUCAUGGUUCGACGAGCGUAGAGAAAGAAUGUACAGGAAAAUAAGAGAACUCUUACGAGAUAAUACCACAAACAGUGAUGUACCAUGGGCAGUGUCACAGGCAAAGAUAUUGUACAACAGCUGCAUGGACGUGCACGCGAAAAAUGAAGUGGGACUUGCGCCGUUGUUCGAGUUAUUGGAGGAGCUCAAUUUACCUUCGAUUCCUGCGGGGCUUACGAAGAAGACAAGCGGUUAUAUCGAACAAAUAGCCAGGGUGAAGAAAGUUCUGGGAAAAGAUGUGUUUUUCGGUUUCGACAUUAUUCCUGAUCCUCGAAACACCAGUAAUAAUGUCAUGCUGUUCGAUACACCGAUUAUGACAAAUCCGUUACCCAACGAUAAGGAGCUUGAGAAACGACUGCAUACGAUCAGGUCACGCUUCCGGAAGCUGGACGACGAAGAGGAUAUGUUAAUGAUGAGUAAGCUGACGAAGGCAGAGAUGAUGUACAUGAGCGACGUAAUUAAGCAAAUCGUGAAUAAUGGAACUCUUGAUACUUGCUCCUUAAAGAAUGAAUCAUCAUUUCCCUACAAGGAAGAGCUAGAGGAUGUAGUCGACACGCUUUACGAUUUAACUAGUACUUUCUAUUACAUAUCGCGUAUGGAAAGCAAUCAAAGCAUUUGGGAAAAUGAACCAACCGAUGAUGAUUAUAUGCUGGUAGACGAUCUUCAGAAGUUGACUGACGAGUACGUGUCGGAAGUUAAUUCGACACUUACGCCCAAACCAUUAUGGCGACCGUUCAUUGAGCUAGUUUUCAAGGAUAUUGACACUUUAGACUUGAAUAAGACAGAUAAGAUAUUAGUAGGUGAUUUGGAAUACAUGAAGGAAAUUGCUCUAAUGCUGGCUCUUACCGAAGAAGAAGAAUUAGGAAUGGCGGUCUCGUGGUUGUUCGUGGAUCCAUCCUUUCACGAAAACAAGGGCAAGAAGGUGUUUGAAAUGCUGGACGACAUAAAACAAGCUUUCGCCUCGAUGGUUUCGCGCACCGAUUGGAUGGAUCGGCAGACAAAAAUGGCCACGAUAGAGAAAAACAGGAAAAUGGAAUCUCAAAUUGGCUUUCCAGAUUGGUUGUUCGAUGAAAAAGUGCUUAACGAAUAUUACGAAGGCAUAGAUCUCGCGGAAACGGAAUAUUUGAACAAUAUAAUUCAAAUUGUUCGAUUGAUGUCCUUGUCUGAGUUGGAAUGCAUCCACGAUAUUAAUUAUAACAACAUGUCGUACUGGGCGACUGAUCCGACAGAUGUAAAUGCAUUUCAUACCUAUCAAUUUAAUCAUAUAACUAUACCAGCGGGAAUUCUUCAAUUCCCUUUUUACGAACUGGGUCUCGAAUCUCUGAAUUACGGUGCCAUCGGAACAGUGCUCGGUCACGAGUUAACUCACGGAUUCGACAACAGUGGAAGACACUACGAUAGCAAUGGAAACGUGAGGCAAUGGUGGACCAAUGAAACUAUUAUAAAAUACACUGAAAAGACUGACUGUUUUAUACAUCAUUAUAACAGCUAUUAUGAAGCUGAAGUAGAAGAUUAUAUAGAUGGUGAACGUACAUUGGGCGAAAAUAUAGCCGAUAAUGGAGGUCUCAGAGAGGCUGUCGUCGCUUACGGAAGAUGGAAGGCCAGGCACGGUCAAGAGCCUUUUCUUCCGGGAUUCACUCACCUUACUCACGAGCAACUUGUUUUCCUCGGUUUCGCGCACGUUUGGUGCGAAUCCUACACACCAAAAUCUUUGAAAUGGAUAUUACAAGAUUCCCAUUGUCCUGGGCACGUGAGACUUCUCGGGGUUCUCAGGAAUUCAAAGGAAUUCAGCGAAGCAUGGAAAUGUCCUGUGGGAUCAAACAUGAAUCCUUCAGAAAAAUGCAGAUUGUGGUAAUGACACAGUUCUUCGAACAAAGUUAUUUUCAUAGGAAUUUUCUGAAUCUUCUUCCCCCAAAAUAAUCAAACUUUUAUACUUGUCUAUUAUCUUAGCUAAUACCAUCGAUUGUAACAAAUAAUGUAACCAAGACAAGUAGUUUCAGUGACAAGUGUAUUAAAGUAUAGAGCAAUUGU